GCUCGGAGCGCGGCGGCGGCGGCAGCAGCGGGAGCCCCCGGCGAUGCCCGCGCUGCUCCCGCCGCUGGCCGCCCCCUGAAGACACCCCUCUCUAUUUGCCCCCCUUCUCCAGCGACCUCAGGCUCUGUCCCCCCUUUUCCCCUUCCCCCCUCCCCUUUAUUCCCUCCCCCCCCGCCUCUUUAUCCUCCUUCCUUACGACCCUCCGCACCCGCCCGGCUGCCGUGUGGAUGCGGGCCGGGGUGCCUGGCUGCGCGGGCGGCGAGAGCCGAUGCUGAGGGGCCGGAGGAGGAUGGAGUGCACCCUCGAUGCGCAGAGUUUGAUCAGUAUUUCCCUGCGGAAGAUCCACAGCUCCCGCACGCAGCGAGGCGGCAUCAAGCUCCACAAGAACCUGCUCGUCUCCUAUGUGCUCCGCAACGCCCGGCAGCUCUACCUGAGCGAGCGCUACGCCGAGCUCUACCGCCGCCAGCAGCACUACCCCGACGGCGCCCCGCUCCUCGCCAUGCCCGCCUGCCCGCCGCCCGCCGCCGCCGCCCCGCCGGAGCUGGCGGCGCUCCCGCUGCCCGCCGACACGCAGGACCGCGAGGCGCGGAGCUGCGGGGCUGCGCGGGGCGGCGCGGAGCUGCUGGAGGUGCCGGUGUGCGCGGUGCCCCCGGAGCUGCAGCGAGCGCCCUGCAGAGACUCGUCCCCGGGCUUCUACCGGGCCGCCGGCAGCGCCGGUCCCGGUGGCGGCGGCAGCGCGGCCCCGGGGCUGCUCUACGCCGCCGGCUGUGACUUCGGGAGCGGCGGGGCCCCGCACUGUAGCAGCCGCACCACGGUGCUGGAUUUGGACACUCACGUCGUGACCACGGUGGAGAACGGGUACUUGCACCAGGACUGCUGCUCGCAGUGCCCCUGCUGCUGCCAGCCGGCACCGGGGCUCGCCUCCCCGCCGCCCGCGCCCGGCACCAAGCGCAAGUAUUACCCGGGGCAGGAGGAGGAAGAGGAGGGGGUGGAGGAAGGGGAGCCGGGGGGAGGCGGGGUGGCGGGCGGCCCCCCCUUCGCCCCGUGCACCAAACGCGCCCGCUUCGAGGAGUACAGCGCCGAGCACCCCCAGGACUCUUCCAACAUCUCCAACUUGAUCUCCAUCUUCGGCUCCGGUUUCACGGGGCUGGUGAGCCGGCAGCAGGCGGACUCGGAGCAGCCCCUCAACGGGCAGCUGUGCAGCAAGCAGGCGCUGGCGAGCCUGGGAGCCUGGACUCGGGCCAUCGUCGCGUUUUAGAGAGAAGUGGGGGAGCAGACGGGCUGUGGGGGGUGUUGACAAAACGGGGGUGCGAUCCGAGGGACGGCGGCUCCGGAGGGGGGACCCUGAAACAAAGGCAGGGAGGGGGGUUGGGGAGAGGGGAGGGAGGGGGUGCCGAGGGGUGCGCAGGGGAGGCGGGAGGGCAGAGCCGCGCUAGUGUUUUAUAAAUUGUACAAUAAAGAAAAAAAAAUCUAAGAUCUUGGGACUUUAUUUUUGCAGAGAUGAGAGAAAAAAAAAAAAACAACAAAAACAAGCAAACAAACGAAAACAAAACAAACAACAACAACAAAAAAAAAAAUCAACAACGAAGCACCUAUUUAAAUAAUCCUCUUUGUGUCCGCUCGGAUUCUCUUCGCGGCGGGUUUCCCGGGGCCGGUGCUGGCGGCCGGUAGCGCCACGUGAGAGCCGGGACCGGCCCCGGGACCCCGCGGCGGGAGCGCCCCCGGCCCCGC